AUAAUAUAUAACCAAUCACAAUGGAAAACACAAAGCGUCAAACAAGGCCUAGAAGUACUGUCUCACAGUCACAGAAACGUAAAUUCACCAGAGCUAUUAGUAGUGAAUCUGGUAAAAGAACAUUAUUGUUGAAUGAAGAUCAUAAAAUUGAUAAAGCUCAUGUUGAUGAGGCAAACAUCCGAUCAGGCGCUACUCAUAAUUAUAAUACUAUUACUUCAUCAUCACCAAAUUAUUCACUGCAACACAAGACUACUCCUAGUAUGAAUUAUAAUAAUGAUUAUAAGUAUACAAGAAGAAGAGAAGAAGAAGAAGUAAUUGAUCUUUCGAGAUUCACAAACAUUGGAGAUUUGUUAGAUUUCUUGGAUGAACGUACUGCAUGGUUGAUUCCUUACAGUACUUAUAAUACAAACCAAUCAAAUAAUUGAUUGCAGGAUAUGAAUUGUUAUUUUAGAAUUAAUUGUAUUGGAUUGGAUUAGAUUGGAUUGUGAUUUAAUUGUUUUGUUGUAAUUUAAAGAUUAUUGAUAUAUAUAUUCAAAUGGAUAAUUUAGUUUAUUAUAAUUA